AUGGCCGCGCGCGCAGGGCAAGAAGCGGCUCAAAUGCCUUUUAUAAAAAAUCUCGCCUCCAGCGAUCGCAAACUGCGCACAUCCUCCCUCGAGGCCCUCACCGCAUUUCUCGCCUCCCGUCGCACCCUCUCCUUCUCCGAAGCCUGCAAACUAUGGACCGGUCUUUACUAUGCCCUCUGGAUGACCGACCGACCUAAACCCCAACAAGCCCUCGCCACCUCCCUCGCCUCUCUGCUGUUCUCGCUACGCUCUGCGCACUGCGCGGGGCCGUGGCUGCGUGGUUUCUGGCACGUUCUCGGCGCGCAAUGGACCGGCAUCGAGGCGCUCCGGCUGGACAAGUUCCUGCUGCUGGUGCGACGCGUAUUUGCCGCCAUGGUGCGGUACGCAAAGGAAGGCGGGGCGGAGGAGAGAGACGUGGUGGAGGGGAUAUGUAGAGAAUACGUGUUUGAUGGCGAGGGCGGCAGCUCGGGGCUGGGGCAGCUGCCGCUGGGUUUGAGGCUGCAUGUGCUGGAUCUCUGGGUGGACGAGCUGCAGAAGGAAGGUGUGCUGGGAGAGGCGGCAGAAGAGGACGGGGAGAUGCAGGGGCUGGUGAGGAAGAUGGGGGACAUGGUGGAGGAGUUGAGGAGGAAUGGGGUCAAGUCGGUGCGGGAGCGGGCAAAGGAGAGCUAUGAGGAUGCGAGGCUGCCGUGGGGGAGCAAGGAAGAGAGUAUGGAGGAGGAUGAGCAAGAGGAAGAAGAGGAGGAUGGAUGGGGAGGGUUCGAGGAUUAA